AUGUUCUCUGGAAGUGCUGAGGUUGCAUUCCAAGUGAUCUCACCCACAAGGCUGCUUAAUUCCUCUUGUUCCUUGGAGAAGACUCUGCAGUGUAGCUGUUCCUUCCAUGGGCUCCCCACACCCUCUGUGCAGUGGUUGCUGGAAGGUGUUCCUGUGAGUGUCAACAACACAAAUAGCAUCUUCAAGGUGACUUCCACGGUAAUUGGUGCCUGGAACAACAGCACCAUUAGCCUCACUGGGGAGCCAGAUAUACUCAUGAAUCUCCGCUGUGAGGGGAAGAACCAACAUGGAAUCCAUGCUUCACGUGUCUUCCUCCUACCAGAUAAGCAUUCAGGUUCCAGUGUGUACGUGAAAGGGCUGACCCAGGGCAUCGUGUAUGGAUCCAUCAUCUCCGCACUGUUCUUCUUCUUCCUUGUCCUCCUCAUAAUGAAGAUGCUUCAAUGGUGGGAGGACAGACACAUUUCCAAGGCUAAAGAGGCCCCACUUAUCCAGAUACCAGAGUUGCUGGAAGAGCCAGAAACAGCUGUGAAGUCUGAAGCCAAAAGCACUGAGCAUCAGUUGGAGUCUAGGGCUCUUAAGCCAGGACUGACCACGGGCAAGGAAGCUCCCAGACGGAUCAAGACAGACGCGUGGCUCUCAGACGCCUAG